AUGAGGAGUCGGGUAUACUACUGGGCAGAACUGUCAGUGUGCCUCAUGAAAAGCAACCCCAGGGUCUUCACUGAACUCAUUGAAGAAUUUGGUUGCCAAGGAGCCCAAGUAGAAGAAAUACGGAGUUUUGAAAAGUUAAAGCCAGUUGAUGGGUUAAUUUUCCUUUUCAAGUGGCAGCCAGAAGAACCAGCGGGCUCUGUAGUUCAGGACGCCAGACCUGACACGAUAUUUUUUGUCAAGCGGGUAAUUAAUAAUGAUUGUGCUACUCAAGCCAUAGUAAGUGUGUUAUUGAACUAUACCCAUCAAGAUGUCCAUUUAGGAGAGGCAUUAUCAGAGUUUAAAGAAUUUUCACAGAGCUUUGAUGCAGCUAUGAAAGGUUUGGCACUCAGCAGUUCAGAUGUGAUUUGACAUGUACACAACAGUUUUGCCAGACAGCAGAUGUUUGAAUUUGGUGCAAAGACAUCAGCAAAAGAAGAAGAUGCUUUUCAUUUUCACUUUGUCAGUUAUGUUCCUGGAAAUGCAAGAUUGCAUGAAUUAGAUGGAUUAAGAGAAGGACCGAUUGGUUUCAGUGCACACCAUCAAGAUGACUGGAUCAGCACAGUGAGGCCAGUCAUAGAAAAAAGGGUACAAAAGUACAGUGAAGGUGAAAUUCGAUUUAACUUAACAGCCAUUGUAUCUGAUAGAAAAAUGAUAUCUGAAGAGACGAUAGCAGAGUUACAAAGACAACUUGCUGAGGAACCCAUGGAUACAGAUCAGGGUAAUAAUAUGUUAAAUGCUAUUCAGUCAGAGGUUACCAAAAAUCAGAUGCUUACUGAAGAAGAAAUACAGAAACUAAAAAGAUUUGAAAAUAUCAGAAGGAAGCAUAAUUAUCUGCCUUUCAUUAUGGAAUCAUUAAAGACUCUAGUAGAACACCAGCAGUUAAUACCACUAGUAGAAAAGGCAAAAGAAAAACAGAAUGCAAAGAAAGCACAGGAAACCAAAUGAAGAAGAUGCUGUGCGAUGUGUACACAUUUCUGCUUCU